CCCGUUCAAUCACAUCACUCUCAUUCGUUUCUUUCCUGCAGAAGCUGCAGCCUCUCGAUGUCUCGUCUUCUCUUUACCGGCAGAACUCCAUCAUCAUCAUCAUUUCCUGUGUUGGCACGACAGUUUCCAUGACAUCCGAGGCAAGCGCGCCGACUAUAAAGGUGACUUUAACUGUUUUUUGCAGUAUUUUGGUGACCUAUUUUUCCCCGUGUCUUAAUGUGCACGCUCACCAGAGUGAACUGAUACAUGUGUGCGUGGCUUCACUGUGUGAGACGACUGUGUAUGAUGUUCCCGACGCACUGUGUGAGGGGAUGGAUGUUGAUGACAGUCCUCGACCUCCUGCUGCCGCCUGUGUGGAGUGCAGUGAAAGUGAUCCAGCCUUACAGAGCGGUGGGCAUCAAUGGCACCGCUCAGGUCCAGUGCUUCAUCCACCCUCAACCGUCCAACCACAUCCAAGCCUCUGGCGUAUACCCGUACCCCGACCCUGAGGAGGUCCGUGUGGCUCUGCUGGUGGGUCUCCACGGCAACCGGGAACUUUGUUCAUCCGUCGUCAACCUCACCAAGCACGGAGGGACAGGAGCGAAGAAGGACAGAGAGGUGCAGUGCUCCAUUCAGGUGAUAGAGGGCGCAAUGGAGGUGACAGUGUAUGGUCUCAAAGCCACAGACACAGAGCUGUACCGCUGUCAGAUAGAGAUCCUCUACCCGCCACCAUACCUGCGGCUCACCGGCAACGGCACACUCGUUCAUGUCUUAGGUGACUCUGACUGUCCUAUGCAGGAGCUUCAGGGAGCGCUGGCUCACCUGCGUGGCGAAGGAGAGGAGGGUGAGCGUGGUGAGAUGAAGGCUCCACUCAGUGCUCCUGUGGUAGUGCUGGUGACACUCGUCAUGUUUGUCCUCAUCAUCAUUAUUUACUUCCAGACAAUCCAGUGUCAACAAGGGAGGAGAGAGACAGUACAGACCAUCUCGGGUGGAUACUGUUGACUUAUGUGAAAACGUUGCAAGUGCAGAGCAGCGUCUGUAUCUGUCCACAGAUUAGCAUUACCAUGCCAUGCAUGCAUUGUUUCAGGAAUAGCGUUCAGGUCAGGUUUUGACCGUUUAUGAAAUAUCACCUCUGCAAAGAUUCUCUAGAUGUCUGUGCAUGUGGUGCCUCGUUGCUAACUCAAAUCUGCCUUUUACAGAUUUGUGCUUUGUUGUUUUAUGCUUUCAUUUCAAAAUUUGCUUUCAAGUCAUUAACGUGCAUCACGGCUAGAGAUUGUUUUCCUGCUUUGUACUGGCUAGUGUCAACGUUGUUGCCAUUGCAAUGUUCAUCAAAUAUUCAUGUUGGAUAUUUAUUUGAGUAAAGUUUCUUAACUUUUUUAAAUUCUUAAUUGUGAAUAAAUCAGCUUGGGAUGGACGACAUAA